AUGAGAUUAGCCUUGAUAGCUGCUUUGUGGACUGCCGUCAACAGCGUCACAGCUCAGCAGCAAUUUCUCGGCCAACAAUCGGACGCCGUUCGGCCUCCGAAUAUAGUCUUCAUCUUAACCGAUGAUCAAGAUGUCCAUCUCCAAUCACUGGAUUACAUGCCAUUGGUGCAAAAGCACUUGAUUGACAAGGGCACAUAUUACGACAAACACUAUUGCACAACUGCAGUAUGCUGUCCAGCAAGAGUCACUCUAAUGACCGGCAAAGCUGCACACAAUACCAACAUUACUGAUGUCAAUCCACCAUAUGGUGGAUAUCCUAAGUUUGUCAAACAAGGCUUCAACUCGGCAUAUCUGCCUGUCUGGUUACAGGAGGCUGGAUAUAAUGUCUAUUAUACUGGCAAAUUGUUCAACGCUCAUAACGUGGACAAUUACGACUCACCAUACCCGGCUGGGUUCACAAGUCAUGACUUUCUACUCGAUCCGUUCACUUACAAUUACAUGAACAGCUCUUUUCAGCACAACCAGGACCCACCUCAAAGCCACGAAGGCGAAUACGUAACAGACGUUCUAGCCCAGAAAGCAUACAAUCUCCUCGAGGAAGCCGUAGAAGCAGACAGGCCUUUCUUCCUCAUGGUGGCACCGAGCGCUCCUCACGCCGAUAUUCAAAAUAAUAGCGGCACCCUCACCUUCGACGCCCCUAUUUCAGCACCCAGACAUGUGCAUCUCUUUCCUGACGCGAAAGUACCUCGAAUCUCAAACUUCAAUCCAGAUAUUCCAUCAGGCGCAAAUUGGAUACGGAGACUCGAACAACAGAAUAUGACAAAUGUGGAUUGGAACGAUCAUUUCCACCGUCAACGUCUUCGUGCUCUUCAAGCUGUCGAUGAAAUGGUAGAUGGCCUUUUCGACCGCAUGGAAUCUCUCGACCUACUCGAAAAUACCUACAUCUUCUAUUCCAGCGACAACGGCUUUCACAUCGGUAACCAUCGCAUGCAACCAGGAAAGUCCACAGGCUGCGAAGAAGACAUCAACAUCCCUUUGAUCGUCCGCGGGCCCAAUGUGCCUAUAAACUACACCACUCAAUUGGUAACGAGCCACACAGACAUCGCCGCGACAAUCUUCUCGCUCCUAAACAUUCCUCUCCGCGAAGACUUUGACGGCUCACCCAUCCCUGUCACUACAUCCGCAAUUGCAGCUUCUUCCCAAAAGAGACGCGAACAUGUUCAAAUCGAGUACUGGGGUUUUGCGGGAGGAGAAGGGAUUUAUGAUCGCAGAUUGCACCAGAAUAAUACAUUCAAGGGUAUUAGAAUUGUGGGAGGAGGCUAUAAUUUCUACUAUCAGAUCUGGUGUACGAAUGAGCAUGAGCUGUAUGAUAUGAGCAAGGAUCCACAACAAAUGGUUAAUCUGCUGCAAGAAGGUAAUACAGUGGAGAUGGCUUCCGGGUAUGCCGUUGGAAAGCUAGUGGCUAGAUUGGAUGCUCUGCUCAUGGCACAAAAAUCUUGCAAUGGAGAAAGAUGCAGGGAACCUUGGAAAUCUCUACAUCCGGAUGGGAAGGUGGGAAGUUUAGAGGACGCGAUGGCGGAGCGAUUCGAUCGCUUCUAUGACGAACAAGUCAAGGUAGAGUGGGAGUAUUGUCACAAUGGCUACGUACCCGAGGCUGAAGGACCAAUGUUUGAGAAUGAGGGAGCGAUGUUUAGGGAUGACGGAUUCAUGUGGCCUGAGUGGGUGUGA